AUGACCAGGAAUAAGGGACAAGUAUAUAGUGUUGGAAAUUAUCUGCUGACUGGCAAGGUACUGGGAAAAGGACACUUUGCAAGAGUUGAAGAAGCCACACAUAGGAUAAUAGGAAAGAAGGUUGCUAUCAAGAUCAUAGAUCUGACGUGUAUUAAAGAAGAGUAUGCCCGUCGGAACUUGCACCGUGAACCGAGGGUGAUGGCAAAGCUACGGCACCCGUGCAUCGCGGCUCUCUACGAAACUAUGAUGCACGGGCCCCGGCUGUACGUGGUGAUGGAGGCGGCGGGGGGCGGCGACCUGUGUGCGCACGUGCUGGGGGCGCGCAGCGCGGCGCGCGGCCUGCCCGAGGGACGCGCGCGCGCCCUCGCCGCGCAGCUCGUCUCCGCCGUGCGACACAUGCACGCGCGCGGCGUCGUGCAUCGGUACCACGCCCUCAAUUUAUUUACUACUUCUAUAUGUUUAUUUAAACAAUUUGUGUAUUUCGGGUUGUCAAAUAUGUGGAGCGGCGGGGCGGCGCUGCGGACUCCGUGCGGAUCGCUGGAGUACGCGGCUCCUGAACUCUUCGUGGACGGCCGACGAUACGGACCUGAAGUCGACUUAUGGAGCAUAGGUGUGAUCGUGUACGGCAUGGUGACAGGCGGACUUCCAUUCACGGGCGCGGAUACCGGCGCCGACAAGUCGCAACCACAGCUGCGCGCCGCCAUCUCGCGCGGCUUCACGCGCAAGCAACGCGCCGCACUAGCCUGCGUCACGCCAGAAUGUAAGGCGUUUAUUCAACAUCUGUUGGAGCCAAACGUAGAACUCCGAAUGAAGAUAGAAGAAGCAUCUCGUCAUCGCUGGGUGCGGAGACCUGGCAUGAGGAUGAAGACACACCCGUUCGGCACUAUAGACCCGGUCGCCAACAGAGAGAUAUACAGGCAGAUAUCGGAGCUGUGCGCCAUGCCCGUGAUAGACGUGGUCGCGGAGAUAAAGUCGGAGCCGUUCGGUCCCCUGGGCGGCAUGUACAACAUCAAGUGCCAUCUGCAGCAGCAGGGCGCGGCGGCCGGCCCCGACCUGCUGUGGGGCGCCGCCACGCCCGAGCCGCGCCCUCUGUCCCCGCCCGAGUACCGCGCUCACACCGCGCACCCCCACCCCCAUCCCCACCCCGACCCCGACCGCGCCACCACCUCGCGUGCCUCCACGCCUGCCCACCACCUACCCACGACGGCCUCGCCUCCGAAAAUACAAGUAGUCACACAAAAGAUACGGAUUCCGAGCACUCCACCGCCGCGACCUGUGGACUCUAAAUAUGUUAGCAGAAGCGUCGAGACGCAAAUAAAAAGUAUCCCGAAGCCCGUUCCGGAGCGCGCCAGCAAGAAGAUCCAGCUGCAGAGCCCGCGGGUGAUGAGCCGGCCGCUGUGCAGCCUGUACGGCGUGAAGAAGGCCGGGUACGCGGGGUACGACAACGGGGACUGCGGCCUCGACCCGCGCCUGCCUAGCAUCGACGAACAUUCCAACAGCGACGUCAACGAGGCCAAGAAGGUGUCGCGGAGUAAAAAUGUGAGGAUGCCGUGUGUCAGGAAGGUGAGCCUGGACGACGACCGGACAGUCCGACACAACAGCUGCCCCAACAGACUCGGAGACAAGCGCGCAGAGUUCUACAGGAAGGCAGGCGACGGACUACCCAGGUCAGUUACUACAAUACAACAUUACGAGCUUCCCGAGCAUACGGCGCGUAGCGUUCCGCGCGCGCCUCUAAGACCCAAUAGACCACUACAGACGAAGCCUUAUGUUCAACCGGGGUUGCGGGGUAAGCGGAAUGAGGCACCGCGACCUCGGCCCAGAGCAGGAGAAGGAACAGGGGGUUGGCGAGCUGGCGGCACGCUGGGCACGCCACCGCCCAGAAUCAUACUGCAGAGCAAUACCACAACCAUCAAACGGGCCUCCUUGGGCAACAUCGUGAGUCCGCACUCGUCUUCAAACAGCCAGUGUAAGAGCGAGCGGGCCAUGCCGGUGGGCUGGUACUCCACGCGGAGUAUAGGCAAGGACGCCGCGCACCUGCAGCGACUGAGACGCACGGCGCCCAUGAAGUGA